UCUUUUCUUCAUAUCCCCAAUGAUGUUAUACGCAUAAAAAAGGCUGUCAUUUUGGCGUUAAUCUUUUCCUACCUUAUUUGCUUAUACUUUUUUCAACUGAAUUAUAUCAUACUAUAAAAAUUAAUAAUUCCUCUUUUUCCAUUUAUCAUUUAUACUCUUUGCUCAAUCAAAAAAAAAAUCAAGAAAAUUCUCUCGUCUCUGUGGUCGUCAUAACUCUUCUUCUUCUUCUUCUUGGCUCUCCUUCUGUUUCUUUCUCACGAUCAGGAGGUUGCAUUUGGCGCGUUAAAUUCCUAGCUUUUUUUAUCUGUUCGUUUUCUGACAGCUUUUUUUGCUAUUACAAAUAAAGAUGCCAGUAAUGUUUUGCCAGGUGGCAUUAGUUUUGCUGCUGGCAUUGAGCUGUCUGGUUCAGAGCAACGGCGCUGGAAACGUAUGCGAUCUUGGUCGGAGACCGAGCUCGAGACCACACAGUGUCUCAAUUCUGGAGUUUGGUGCGGUAGGUGAUGGUAAAACGCUGAACACGCUCGCGUUUCAGAAUGCUGUCUUCUAUCUCAAGUCUUUCGCGGAUAAAGGCGGCGCUCAGCUCUAUGUUCCUCCCGGACGGUGGCUCACCGGGAGUUUCAAUCUCACCAGUCACCUCACUCUCUUCCUCGAGAAAGACGCCGUCAUUCUCGCCUCUCAGGAUCCAUCGCAUUGGCAAGUCGCGGAUCCGUUACCAUCAUAUGGACGAGGCAUUGAUCUACCGGGGAAGAGAUACAUGAGCUUGAUUAACGGCUAUAUGUUACAUGAUGUAGUAGUUACAGGUGAUAACGGUACUAUAGAUGGUCAAGGCCUGUUUUGGUGGGAUCGGUUUAAUUCUCAUUCCUUAAAGUACAGUCGACCGCAUCUCGUCGAGUUUGUCUCUUCAGAAAAUGUCAUUGUCUCUAAUAUUACGUUCUUGAAUGCUCCUGAGUAUACUAUCCAUUCCGUUUACUGCAGUCAUGUAUACAUUCAUAGAGUAACAGCUAAUACUUCUCCAGAAUCUCCUUACACCGUAGGCAUUGUCCCUGAUUCUUCUGAUAAUGUGUGCAUCCAAGACUCUACCAUCAACAUGGGGUAUGACGCCAUUUCACUAAAAAGUGGUUGGGACGAAUACGGUAUCUCGUACGCAAGACCUACUGCUAAUGUCCAGAUACGAGGUGUUCACCUCAGAGCAGCUUCUGGUUCCUCUAUUUCCUUUGGCAGUGAAAUGUCUGGUGGCAUAUCUGAUGUCGUGGUCCUCGACGCUUACAUGCACAACUCUUUAUCGGGGAUUGCUUUUAGGACAACGAAAGGAAGAGGAGGUUACAUUAAAGAGAUUGAUGUUUCCAACAUCCAUAUGGUUAACGUUGGUACUGCGUUUAUAGCCAAUGGUAGCUUUGGAACUCACCCUGAUUCAGGUUUCGAUGAAAAUGCUUUCCCGCUCGUGAGUCACAUCAGGUUACAUGACAUUGUUGGAGAGAACAUAAGCAUCGCUGGAGAUUUCUUUGGAACCGAAGAGUCUCCUUUCACUUCGGUUGCGCUGUCGAAUAUCUCUCUGUCGAUGACUAACUCUGGUUCUCCUGAUGAUGAUUCUUGGAGAUGCUUAUAUGUGGAUGGUUCUUCAGAGUCCGUGGUCCCUGAACCCUGCUAUGAGCUGAGGAGUUAUGAAAGUUCUUAUGGCAGAGCUGAGGCCUUAUGAAACCAAACUUCAUCUGAGAAAAAAAGAAGCUGCUCAUGGCCCCAUGAUUCAUAUUUGUUUUGUUAAGUUAGCAGAAAAGGUCACAUUCUUUUUCUUUAUUCCCCAAAAUAAAAAAAUAUCAGUGUGUAGAAUUUUUUACCUGUUAUUUGAAGCUUGUGAGAUUCAUAUAUCUGUACAGGUUCAUUUCUUCAUUCAUGUGUAACCGAUUAACAUUUUGUUCAGUGGAGAUUAUUCACAUGGCUUAAGAAAAGAUCUUUCAUCUA